UAGUAACAGUCUAUGAUAUUACUGAAGAAGUAACGAGGUCGCAUCGAAACUAUAUAUGAUAAAUGAACAGAAAAAUUGUAAUAAAUUAUAAUAGUUACGAGAGUAAAAAGAGCAAUUCUAAUGGACCUACAUUGUGGUCAGUGUUAUGUUUUAAUGAAAACAUCGUGUCGUUUUAGAAUGCUGCUGUAUGUAAACUGCGUGUUUGCCGUCUAACCUCUAACCUGGCAAUGAUUAUUACCAACCUCGUCUGCUUUAGUUUCCUAUACGUCAGUAUACGUAGCCAUCAACUUAACCUAUGACAGUCAGUUAACAAAAAUUCUUUUGCACUCAGUAAAAUAAUUAACGGUUUAACAAAAUGGAAAAUAAUAAUAAUAUAAAUCGGAAUGCCGAACGCAACGGCUUUGUAUGGCAGUAUUUCACAUCAGAAACGUGGCCAAAUACUAAAUGUAAUCUUUGUAAUAACCAUUUCCAUGGUGGACAAAUAGGACAUUUAGAAACACAUCUGUGGAGUGUACAUCCUGAAACACUAAAAAAAAUACAAGACGAAAUUAAAAGUACCUGGUUAUCACGAUAUUUCAUAUUUGAUGAAGAAUGUGGGAAGACAGUAUGCAUUAUUAACGAUUGCUGUGUCAAUAUAUUUCGCGGAAUAAGUUACUUAAAAGAACAUUUAUUCAAAGAACAUAAUAUAGUUGAGUAUAAUAACAACAGAAGUACAAACAUUAUUAGUCAUCGAAUUGGUACACAUUUGCAAGCAACAAAACAUUCAGAAGUAUCAUGGAGUCCCAAUAAAUCUAUAGCCUGGCAAUAUUUCACAUUAGAAGAUUGGCAAUUUGCAAAAUGUAAUAUUUGUAAUAAAAGUUACCACAGGAAAAUGUUAUGUAAUCUAGAGAAACAUUUGUCGCAUCUGCAUCCAGAAAUACCAAAAAAAUUACAGGAAGAAGUUAGGUGUUCCUGGCUAUCACAAUAUUUUAUAUUUGAGAAAGGUCACAGAAUAAGAUGCACUUAUAAUUGCCACCCUUUCAGUAUAUUUCGUGGAAUAAAUUACUUAAGAGAUCACUUGUUCAACUUUCAUAAUAUAGAUAAAUCCAACGCUUGGAUAAAUUCUAAUGGACAACAGGAUGAAGCAUAUUCACAAGUAGCAAAAUAUCUUAAAAGAUCAUGGAGUUUUCGUAACACUGUAGCAUGGCAAUAUUUUACAUCAGAAAAUUGGCCCUUUACAAAAUGCAAUAUUUGUAACAAACGUUACAAUGGCAAGAGAUUACAACAUUUAGAGGAACACUUGUUCCUAAAACAUCCAAAAACGGUAGAAAAAAUAAAGAAUGAAAUUAGAUGUUCAUGGAUGUCAAAAUAUUUCACAUUUGAUAAGAGAGAUCGUAUGGACUUUGCAAAAUGCAUUUACAAUUGCAAACCGUUUUGUAUAUUUCGCGGAAUAAAUUACUUAAGAAGUCACUUAUCUAAAAAUCAUAAUAUAGAUGAAUUCAAUGACAGCGAUAGUACAUAUUUUAAUGGACAACAAGCUGAUGCACAUGCUCAAGCAGCAAAACAUCAUAAAGGAUCAUGGAGUUUCCGUUACACUACAGUAUGGCAAUAUAUGACAUCAGAAGAAUGGCCCUUUUCAAAAUGUAAUAUUUGUAAUAAACGUUUGAGUAGUGGAAUAAUACCCAAUUUAGAGAAGCAUCUUGCGUGUCAACAUCCAGAAACAGUAAAAAAAAUGCAGGAUGAAAUUAGAUGUAGCUGGCUAUCACAAUACUUCAAAGUAUACGUAAAGGGUCAUAUGACAAGGUGCAUUUACAAUUGCAACCGUAUGAGUAUAUAUAGAGGACUAGAUUACUUUAAAGACCACUUGGCCAAGAAACAUAAUAUAGAUGAAACCAAUGCUACUGUAAAGAGCGAUUAUACACAGACUCAUAUAAGCAAAAUAGUAGAAAAUGAGGAGAAAUAAGAAUUGUGAUUCAAUAGCAAAAGGGACAAGCAGAACAAUAAGAACGUAGAUUCUAUUUCAGAUUUUGAAAGCAUCAAUGCAUCAAGAAAAAGGUGACCAUAAUGUUAAUUUUUUUUAAUAGCUAAAAUAGCUAUACAAUCAGUUAUGCAACAUAAAGCGAUUUCGCGAAUUAAACAUUAAUCUGAUUACAAAUAUCUUAUUACAACUUAAUUUAGUUUCAUUAAUUACACUUAUUAAUUCUCUUAUGACUCUUUUUCAAACUUUUUUUAAAUUUAAAUUUUUUAUAUUCUUUAUUUAUCUAUUCUUUUAUGCAUCUCGUGUAAUAUUUGUUUAACAAAUACAAGUAUAUCUGGAUAAUAUUUGUUAAACAAAUACAAGUAUCUGGAUAAUAUUCAAUUUUUUUUAGAGUAAUUAGUGUUUACUUAAUAUGCUCAGCAAACUGAGGUUAUUGUUAGUUUGACGAUAAAUACUGUCAAGGACGUUAUUUUGAUGAUAAAGUAUGACAUAUUAUGUCAGCUUGCGAUCUGGGUAAUUUAAGAAUUCAAAUUAUUUGGAUAAUAUAAAUAUUCAUAUUUAAAAAAUAGAAUGUGCUGAUUUGUUUAUUUAGAAAUUUAAUUUGUUACAAGAAAAAGGUAUGACAUGGUAAACGAAUAAUAAAUGAGGAAAAAAUUUGAAUACAUUUAAUGAUUUAAUAUGAUGUUGUAUUCGAGUAAUAUCAAAAUCAAUUUUUAUGUUUAUUGACAACUUUUUAUGUUACGUACAUACAAACAAAGAAUCAUUUCAACACACGUAUAGAAUAAUUUUAAGUAUGCUAGAUUAUAUGUAUUAACAGAAUGUACACACAUAUAUAUGUAUAUGUGCAUAUAUUUUUAUAUUGAUUGGAAAGUUCAUAUAUUUUAAAUGGUAAUAAAGAUGACACAACUAAAAGCAUUUUAGAUAAAAAAGGUGGCAUUUUUAAAAA